AUGUUUAUUACCACGCUUUAUUUUUCUUCCAAAGGGCCUGUAGGUCUUUUAAAGCUUUAUAAAGAAACCAACCACUCAAUGAACCUUCGAGAUUUCAAUACUAUGAAACGCUAUCACAUCUUUAGGAACGUGUGUAUACGGAGUGACUACAAACUGUUGAUAUUAAUGAUUAUAAGUACUGUUGCUACAGGCCUUGUUCCGGCAAUCACUUCUAUCUUGACUGGUAGAGUCUUCGAUUUGCUAUCGGUGUUUGUGCUUAGUGGGUCACAUAAUGAUUUAUAUCCGCAAUUAGUUCAAAGAGCGAUGGCAGUAAUGGCACUUGGAGUUGCCUCUGUACCUGCCAUGUGGCUUUCAUUAACAAGCUGGAUGUAUAUCGGCGAAAAGCAAGGCUUGAGAAUACGGUCGCAAUUAUUGGAGGCAUAUUUAGAAAAAAAGCCAAUGAAAUGGUACGACGUUAACGAUACAUUGUUGGGAGAUUUUACUCAGAUAAAUCGAUGUGUGGAGGAACUAAGAUCAAGCUCCGCCGAGGCAUCUGCCAUAACUUUCCAGAACCUCGUCGCCAUAUGUGCGCUUCUGGGGACAUCAUUUUAUUAUUCCUGGUCAUUAACAUUGAUUAUCCUUUGUAGCUCUCCCAUCAUCACUUUUUUUGCUGUAGCAUUUUCUAGAAUGGUCCAUAUGUACUCACAGAAGGAAAAUGAAGAAACGAGUAAGGCGGCCCAAUUGUUUGCAUGGUCAAUGAAUGCUGCCCAAUUGGUGAGAUUAUAUUGCACACAACCUUUAGAAAGAAAAAAAUUUCAGAGAAUUAUCCUAAGUUGUAACACUUUCUUCAUCAAAAGUUGUCUUUUUGUAGCGGCAAAUGCUGGAAUCCUGAGAUUUUUGACGCUGACUAUGUUUGUACAAGGAUUCUGGUUUGGCUCCACAAUGAUUAAACAGGGAAAAUUAAACAUCAACGAUGUCAUUACUUGCUUUCACUCAUGCAUUUUGCUGGGGUCAACUCUUAAUAAUACCCUACAUCAGAUUGUCGUUCUUCAAAAAGGUGAAGUAGCAUUACAAAAAAUCAUGAAUCUACUAGAAAACGGGCCCAAAUGUAAUCCUCCGAAUGAGAUCGAACUUCAUCAAUACCCAUUAGAUUAUGCCAAUAGUGAUUUAGUGUUCGACAACGUUUCGUUCUCAUAUCCAAGCAGACCUUCUGAAAUCGUUCUAGAGAACGCUAGUUUAAAAUUUCCUGCAGGUCAAUUUACUUUUAUAGUUGGGAAGUCAGGCUCUGGUAAAUCCACAUUAUCCAGUUUAUUAUUAAAGUUUUACGAUGGCUACGAUGGGUCAAUAUCUAUCAAUGGUCGGAAUAUCCAGGCAAUACCCCAGAAAUUACUAAUUAAGAAUAUCACCGUCGUAGAACAGCGUUGUACUCUAUUUAAUGAUACUCUUCGAAAAAAUAUUCUUUUAGGUUCGACGGAAUUAGCAAAAAAUGCUGACUACAGUACCAAUAAGAAUACCAAUUUAAUCAAAGAUGCCUGUAGAAUGGCUCUUCUAGAUAGGCUUAUUCUAGAUCUUCCCGAUGGACUAGAAACAUUGAUCGGAAGUGGAGGAGUUACACUAAGUGGUGGUCAACAACAAAGAGUUGCGAUGGCACGUGCAUUCAUUAGAGAUACUCCGAUACUAUUCUUGGACGAAGCUGUCUCAGCUUUGGAUAUAAUUCAUCGUAAUCUAUUGAUGAAGGCGAUUCGACAUUGGAGGAAAGGAAAAACUACAAUCAUCUUGACGCAUGAAUUGGGUCAAGUUGAAUCUGAUGACCACUUGUAUUUAAUGCAAGAAGGUAAAGUCAUUGAAAGUGGCACCCAGUCAGAACUUCUGGCAGAUUCGACCAGCACUUUUAGCAAAUGGUACUGCCUACAGAAAGACUAUUCUGAUACAAAAACUAUUGUGAAUUCAGAAAUUGACGAAAAGUCUCUAAACUCUACAGAAAGCUUUAACUCUCAUUUAGAAACUCCAAAAACAAAGACAGGUCUAAGUUCUUUUGAAUUUAAUGAGGCAGAUCAGCUACACUUUUACGAAACAGUUCAUCGACAAAGAUCACACUGUAAAGGAAGAAGAAUUAGGAUUGAAGAUAAAAAUAUAGAAUAUGCGACAAAAAAACAGAAUAGCAUCGAAAGCAUGACAGGACCACAACUCUUAAGCAUUGUGCAAAUAAUGAGAAGAAUGAUCAAUAGCAUUAGAUACAAGAAAAUUCUAAUACUAGGGCUCUUUUGUUCUCUUAUUGCAGGUGCCACUAAUCCAGUCUUUUCAUACACAUUUAGUUUCUUGUUGGAAGGAAUUGUUCCAUCUCCGGCUGGAGAAAUGGGUUCGUCGUCCUACCUAAGGAAGUGGUCGUGUAUUGUUCUUGGUGUGGCUGCAGCAGACGGUAUUUUUAAUUUCGCAAAGGGAUUCCUAUUAGGUUACUGCAGUGAAUACUGGAUUAUGGAUCUUAGGAACGAGGUUAUGGAAAAACUAACGAAAAAGAGCAUGAACUGGUUUUCUGGUGAAGAUAACAAGGCUUCCGAAGUUUCCGCUUUAGUGUUGAACGAUUUAAGAGAUUUGAGAUCUUUGGUCUCUGAAUUUUUGAGCGCUAUUACCAGUUUUAUUACCGUAUCAUUUAUUGGUUUAGUUUGGGCGUUAGCCUCUGGUUGGAAAUUAAGUUUGGUCUGCAUUUCAAUGUUUCCAUUGAUAAUAAUCUUCUCAGCAAUUUAUGGUAGUAUUUUACAGAAGCAUGAAACCGAUUACAAGACAUCAGUCGUUCAGUUAGAAAAUUGCUUAUACCAGAUUGUAACGAAUAUCAAAACCAUAAAGUACUUACAAGCUGAAUUUCAUUUCCAAUUAUCAUAUCAUAAAUUGAAAACCAAAAUGGAACAAAUUGCCUCCAAACGUGCUAUUGCUACAGGUUUUGGUAUAUCUAUGACAAAUAUGAUUGCUAUGUGUAUUCAAGCUAUUCUUUACUAUUACGGACUAAAGCUGGUAAUGGUCCAUGAGUAUACCUCAAAGAAAAUGUUUACAACCUUCACUUUGCUAUUAUUCACUAUCAUGUCAUGCACGAGUUUAGUAAGCCAGAUUCCUGAUAUCAGUAGAGGCCAACGUGCAGCCAGUUGGAUUUACAGAAUUCUCGAUGAAAAGCAGGUCACACUGGAGAUCGAAGACAAUAAUGCUAGGUCAAUAGGGAUAAUUGGUGAGACCUACCAUGAGAAGCAAACGACACCAAUGCUCUCGAUACAAAACCUGACGUUUGCCUACCCAUCUGCACCUUCUGUUCUCAUCUACAAAAAUAUGAAUCUUAACAUGUUUUGUGGACAGACAAUAGGUAUUGUCGGAGGAUCAGGUUCAGGAAAAUCCACACUGGUCCUUUUACUAACAAGACUUUACGAUUGUGAGGUAGGGAGCAUUAAAUUAGACGGCACUGACGUAAAUGACUGGAACCUGACGGUUUUAAGAAGAGAAAUUUCAGUAGUUGAGCAGAAACCUUUAUUGUUCAAUGGUACCAUUAGAGAUAAUUUGACUUACGGUUGUUUAGGUGAGAUUCUUGAGAUUGAAAUAUAUGACGCAUUAAAAUACGUGGGGAUUUAUGACUUUGUAGCCUCAUUGCCUCUGGGCUUGGGUACACGUAUUGAUACAAACCUGUUGUCGGGUGGACAAGCGCAAAGGCUUUGCAUAGCUAGAGCACUUGUGAGGAAACCUAAAAUACUAAUUUUGGAUGAAUGUACCUCAGCAUUAGACUCUAUGAGCUCCCAUGUUAUCAAGGAGAUCGUCAAAAAGGGACCACCAGCUCUACUGACCUUGGUUAUAACCCACGACGAACAAAUGAUGAGGUGUUGCGAUUCCAUUGCCGUUUUUAAGGAUGGCAAAGUAAUCGAAGAGGGAAGCUUUGACACUUUAUACAAUAAUUGCGGUGAGAUGUUUCGGAUUGUUUCUGAAAAAAAUGCUUGA